CCACAAACGAUCAUCCGAAAGAGUUGUGGCUUCGGGGUGCUCCAGAAUGAGGUGGAUACUAGAUCCCUAUACCGUCGUUGGAAGUCGAUCGGACCGUGGUGUAAGUAGCCGAACUUUCAAUGGACAAUGGUAUGAAAAUCCUACAUUCUAGAUCUACUGCUACAGCAUACGAUCACCAUUGUCAGGCAGACUUAAACAUGGAAAGCCGUGGCUAGAUGGCGCGCUGUCUAGCAGUAGUACACGACCACAACUUUUCGUAACUCGCUCCAGUAGCUAGCUUUCUCGUUCUAGAAGCGGCAUUCAUAAUAUUCAUUUUAUCUCGCACAGACGCCACUGACGGCACUGUAGUAAUGGUUAAAAUCAAACUUUUUAUUAGUUAAUUUCACAUUAGACCACCAUUAUGGCUCCAUCGAAACAGACCCUUGCAACUGCUCGUGGCCGCGGUCGCACGCCGACGCGUACUGGCGCAGCUGGAUUCCCUACACGACCGACCUCAUCAUCAAGAAAUAAAGUAUCCCCGUCGAAGGCCAAGUCCUCUGUUGUCACAGAGGCUCGUUCACUGAAGCACGGCGAGCAAAAUAAGUUACCGCUUCAAGUCCGUUGGAUGUGUCCUUUCGAGGUCCUAGUCCUGCUUACUCUCAUCCCCUUCUUCGCUUUUAUCCUCCCACGGAGCCUUUUGUCGCUCGUCUGGAACAUCACGGAGUUGCGCCUGGACCCCAUCCCGGUAAGGCUGUGGCAGGAUUUGAAUCACUUUCAGAAAGCGAAGUGGCUCUGGGGUCUAAUCGUCAGCGGCGAGUUUUGGGCGAUCGUGUUGUUGUGCGGCUAUCAUCUCCGGCGUUUUGGUUUUCAGCUCAACAGUAAAGAAAUAAACGAGCAGGAUCAUCAAAACAAGCUGCGAACCGUUCUGAGCCAGCUUCUCUACACGUCCAUCCUUCUUGGCUUUUUCACGGUGCAAAACCACACGGAGAACGCCAUCUACCGGUUGCGCGACCACACGGACAUGCGCGAUCCGUACGGGGUGAUGGGGUUCGGCUGCAUUCUGGGCCAGUCGAUUAUGUGCUGGCUGCUGUAUUCUGCAGUGAAGGAGAUCCGGGUGUAUUUGUUGAAGAGCAAAAAGGUGAAGAGUGCGAACACUGAAAUAAUUGUGGUCGCGGCCGCCCGGAAAAACCUCGUGCGACUCGACUACGCAAUCCAGGGCCUGAUCGCCACGUUACUAACCGUCUUGUCCUACCGUGUCUGUUGCCUGGUUUUUUUCCUUUUAUUAGAUUCACGGGAAGAAGAACAAUUAUACCCGAAUAGUAACGCGGUCUGGUGGCUGCGCUGGAAGACGCGGUUGAACGGAGCAAAUGACCGGCAGCUUGCGGGGUUGACUGGUGCGGAAGGGGAGGAGGCGAAGUGGCGGGUUAUCACGCAGUGCGUCAGUCUGACGGUCUCGGUGACAGUGGGCAUUUUGAGUGGACUGGCGGCGCUGGUCUGAAUACUUAGCUUGAAGGUGGAGGAAAAGAAAAGGGUGGAAUAUAUGAGCGAAAUGUAAGAUCUUAUAGAUAAACCGCUGUAUGAUCAUUAAGAUUAUGAAGUUUCGCGUUGUCAAGCACAAGCUGUUCAGGGCUUUAUCAGUCAACGAAACUCCAGUUCAACAAAUCUUCUUCGCUAUUAACAUUAAGUGGUGGCAAAUAGUAUUUGCCAAGUCCGUAGAGCUCCUGCUGGCAGGCUGAGGAAAGAAUGGCCUUUAUCGUAGCUUCAUGUGACGGGAUAAGAUGGCGGAUCU